AUGGGACUGGGAGCCCUGAUGGGACCUGGGGGAGCCAGAUCUCUUCUCUGGAUGCAGCCAGGGACUGCCUUCAUCCUCUUCCGCCGUGGGAUUGCCUCCAUUUCCCCCAUGAUAUGGGAACGGCCUCUGGCUCCCCGCAUCUCACUAGACCCUGUGGGUGCCGGCCAGAGAUUUCCAGGACAAGGGUUACCAUGGAGUCACCAGCAGAUCCGCACCAAAGCCCGGGGGAAUGAAUACCAACCAUCAAACAUUAAACGGAAACAUAAACACGGCUGGAUCAAACGCAUCCGGACACCCAGCGGGAUUGAGGUGAUCCUCCGCCGUAUGCUGAAGGGCAGGAAAUCUUUGACACAUUGAUGGCUCGGGAGGGUUCGCUCCAAAAGAACAAAGCUGAAGGAAGAGCCAGAGAAUUGCAAGCAAG